UUCACCUGUACUUUCAGAAUAAUUUACCCACCUCCCACAUAAAAAAAGAAACAGAAACACAGUUCAGUAAAAUCCACAUCUGUCACAUCUGGUCAUUGUUCGGUGAAUAAGCCUUUAGGCCUGGUGUUGAUGGUGUGCUGACAACUUGUUCAGGGGGUCUUUGACACGGCAAAACUCUGGGAACCCCCCAAAGCUUCUGCAUAAUAGGCAAAUCUUGAAGACGCAGAGGGUUAAUUUCAAGCCCCCACCACCACCACCCACAUCUCCAAUUUGAAAGCCGCCUCUCUACCGGGAGAGGAAGGCUCUUUUUCGGUCAGAUGGCGUGCUGCAGUCCGCCCCCGUCAUUCUCCAGCCCACACAGACAGCAAAAAGGCAGCCAGCAACCAAUACGGUGCGCCGGAGGAGGAUUUCUGCCAGUGAUUUCAGACGAGGUACGAUACGCAAAGGGGAUUUACUACGCCAAUCUGAGCCGGGGAAGCUUUCGGCAAUAGGUAACAGGUUUCGCUCCGGCAGCACGGACCUGUGACAUCGGUGGUUAGAGAGACACCUUUGCGUAAUUACGCCGGUCUCCUCUCUGCACAUCCGUCUACCUGACCUGAAGAAGUGCCCAGUGCCAUGUCUCUGCCACGCACACUUGGGGAGUUGCAGCUCUAUCGGGUGCUGCAGAGGGCCAACCUGCUGGCUUAUUAUGAAACCUUCAUCCAGCAGGGUGGUGACGACGUGCAGCAGCUCUGUGAGGCGGCAGAGGAGGAGUUCCUGGAGAUCAUGGCACUAGUUGGCAUGGCCACCAAGCCACUGCAUGUGCGUAGGCUGCAAAAGGCCCUUCGAGACUGGGCGGCGAACCCUGCCCUGUUCAGCCAGCCCGUCUCCAAUGUCCCUCUCGGGGGCAUCCCGCUGUUCAAAGUUGAUGGGACGGGCACGAGUGGAUCAGCAGGUGGGCCCAGGAAGUCCGUGAGCAACGGGCAGCCGGGGUCACCCUGUGAAAGGGAGGACCGGGCAUGUCUCACUCCGAUGCACAGUGGGAGUCCAAGAAGCCCCUGCUCCCAGGCCUCCCCACAGCCACCAGACAUGCACUACAGAGAAAAACUCUCACCCAUGGACCCGCACUGGCUGAGCCCGGAGCCAGAUGGCAACUCCACUUUGGCUUCUGCACCUGGAAUGGAAGAGGAGCCACCCAGCCCGCCUCUGCUGUCAACAUGUCCUCCUGGCCCUUCCACAUCCCCGAGCCCCUCUGCCUCUUUUGCCCCUGCAGCCUUGUCAGCCUGGCCUGGGGGUCAGCUGGACGGGGAAACAGCGAGGGCGGUAGUGGAGAGCGUGGAGAGGCUCCUCAGGACCCUGCCCAGGUCUGAUCCAGCAGAGGUGAAGACUCUGCUGAGGAUGAACAAGAAGAUGGCAAAGACUGUGGGGCACAUCUUCAAAAUGGGGUCCCAGGACGUGAACAAGGAAGAGGAGAUCCGCAAGUACAGUCUUAUUUAUGGACGCUUUGACUCCAAGAGGAGAGAAGGCAAGCAGCUCACACAUCAUGAGUUGAUCAUCAAUGAAGCUGCAGCACAGUUCUGUAUGCGCGACAAUGCCCUUCUGCUGAGACGGGUGGAGCUCUUUUCUUUGGCUCGGCAGGUGGCAAGAAAAUGUGCCUACACCUCCACACUAAAGCAUGCAAGGACAAAUGCAGAUGAGAACAAUGUGGUGUCUCAGAAGAGAGCGAGACAUGAGGUAAUUGUGCCCGAGUGCGUGUCGUCGCUUCUUGGAGUGGAGGCCUCAGAGGGCUUGACCCAGAGGGCAGACGACGACAGCCUAUCUGCAGAAAGCCUCGACAGUGUAUCACAUGACAUUGGCUCACAGUGCAACCAGUCUCCCUCCCCUCGUCCCCACACCGACACCUCCAACCCUGCCAGCUGGAGUCGCCAUCUCAUACAGCAAACGCUAAUGGACGAAGGGCUGAGAUUGGCUCGGAUGGUGUCACAUGAUCGGGCUGGCAAGAUCAGCCUAGGGUCAGAGGGAACUCACUCCACAGACCACGACAGUAAAGUGGAGAGGCGGAGCUCGAUAACAGCGUGCAGGAGCAGUAGCCCUUGCAUCACCAAAGACGACUCCAACCACCGGGGGAAAUGAAAACGCUCUGAGGUUAUCAGGGAACUCGAUGCGCUCAGGCCUGCCACUGAACUCUACUCAGAGUCUGUUGUACAGGCUGCCACUGAGCAGCUUUUUCCACGUGUACUUCACUGACAUCACAAGUAUCUGAUUGUGAGAAGACCACUGCAAAAUCAUCACAGCAGAUAUCAGAUUUUAUCAGCAACUCAUUACGUAAACCCAGUGAUUUCCAAACACUGAAGUUGUGGAUCAAAGUUCAAAAAUGUUCUGUUUUGACUUUAUAUUCAGUAAAUAUGUAGGGGAGAUACUUUUUUGUUUCACGCAUGGACCACAUAUCCUGCAGAUUUUAGCUGAUAGAAAAAAAAAAGAAAAAACAUUUUAUCAGAAAAAAACUGAUAUUUUUGUUAAAUGAAUUGAACUGUUGUGAGCAGUACCAUGUGUUGAAAAAAAACAGGCCACCUGUUUCACAUGAAAUGGGUUUGACACAGCAGGGGGCACUGCAACUUUGGAAAUUGACUCUCUUAACUUAAUCCAGCCUGAGUAACAAACUAGUUAUGGAGGGGGAAUUUGUUUUUAGUAUGAAGACUUUUAUCAACGUUUUCAGUAAGAUAACAUUCUCUGCAGUUCAUCACCCUCAGGAAACAAACAGAUGUUCUGGUUUUGACAGAAGUCAGUGUGGUAGUCAGGUUAAGUCAGACAUAAAUGAUAUUCCUUGAUAUUCAAAGAAGAUGGAGAAGGAAAACAGUGAGCGCUUGUGGCAUAAGUUGAUCUAUAUUUCCUAGUGCGUAAACACAAAUGCCGCCGUCAGGCUCAGAGGCCUUUUGCCCUUUGCUGCAUCUAGUCACCUGACAGAUCUGAACAGGCAUGCUUAGAGGUCUAUGAGAUAUGAAGCCACCAGUCUGCAUCAUUCACUCCCUCACAUCUGUCUUUAAUAUUUUGCACAGAUGGCUGAUAUGGUGUUUGUAAGAGAUAACGCUUCAGGCUUUCGUUUGAGGCGUUUCAUUGUUUUUAAUUAUGUGAAAACGCACUCAGAACACAUUUUCUAAUCUCAGUGGCAUGAAAUAAGAAUACUGACGUUUUAUUGAUUUCCAGUCGAGAGCCGAUUUUUCAGUGGCCUCUUUCUACACUGAAAUCAGGUUUCAGACACACAGAGCAGCAGGCUUUAAUGUCUUGCUCGAGGGCACCUCAGCAGGGAGGAUGCAUUCUUAUUUUGGAGCUCUGAGCUCAGCUCCUCUUCCCUCUCAUCUACAUCUUCAAGUUGUGCCUGGAGGGUGCCAUUGUACAGCCUUUUUGAUUAAACUGCAUUCAGAACUAUGUUGCAAGAUUUAGAGAAUUAAAAAAGUGAACAUUUAUUUACCACAGCUUUUUCAAAAAAAAAAAAAGUGGUGAUUAGUGUAGAUUUUUGAUGCGAUUUUUCUUAUAGGUGUAGCGGAAACUUGUGGGCUGUAGCGGUGUCUUUGGGAUGAUUUCUGUAGUCUUAGAUAUUAACAAGGUGAGCCUUAUGGUAGUCUCCCUUUUUAAAAACAGUGCUUUUGAUCUUUGAGACUAAACUCACGUUACUUUCUAAGCUUAAGAAGAAAAAGAAAAAAAGAAAAACACAUGCAUAGUUUAACAGAAAGAAAUCUCAUGGUGCUUGAUUUUUGAUACAGCAGCUCCUGUAAUUUAUUUCAAACUAAUGGCCCUUAGAAGGAAAUGUUGAAAUGUGUUCAAAGUUCAUAUAAUGACAAGGCUCAUGUUGAUAAUCAAUGAAAACAUUUAGAUUUUUGUACCCUUAAUCACAGAGUAUGUCAGUGAGGUAGCUUGCUGUGCAUCAGUUACACCUGCCUGUCUCUUAAGCAUUAGUAACCUCCUCAGUUUAUUAUGUUGCAAAACAGAUUAUUUAUUUUGUUACAUCUCAAUAAAUGUUAUUUUAUUGCUUAAAGACAUCGAGUGUUGCAUUGGUUUCCACAAAGAAUCAUCUUUUUUCUUUUUCUUGGGUGUUGGAAGAGGCUGCAGUAGCUGCGUCACUCGGCCAGCAACACCU